UACACGUCAGAAGAAGAGCUGAGUUGGAGGAUCAUGGCGGAGCGCAGGAGGCACAAGAAGCGGAUCCAGGAGGCGAGUGAGCCCACCAAGGAGGAGAAGGCGGUGGCCAAGUAUGUCCGGUUCAACUGCCCAACCAAGUCCACCAGCAUGAUCGGCCACCGGGUGGACUACUUUGUCGCCUCCAAGGCUGUGGACUGUCUGCUGGACUCCAAGUGGGCCAAGGCCAAGAAGGGAGAGGAGGCCCUGUUCACCACCCGAGAGUCGGUGGUCGACUACUGCAACCGACUCCUGAAGAAGCAGUUCUUCCACCGCGCUCUCAAAGUGAUGAAGAAGAAGCCGGAGAAGGAGAUCAAGAAAGAGAAAGAGAAGGAGAAAGAGAAGGAGAAAGAGAAGGAGAAAGAGAAGGAGAAGGAGAAGGAGAAGGAGAAGGAGAAGACCAAGGGGGACAGCAGCAAGGAGGAGGAGAAAAAGGGGAAAAAAGACAAAGAAAAGAAGAAGGACUCUGAUGAGGCUAAGAAGGAGAAGGGCGACGACAGCCCCGGCUCCCCCAAGAAGAAGAAGGACGCGAAGAAGAAGUUUAAACUAGAGCCCCACGAGGACCAACUCUUCCUGGACGGAAACGAGGUGUUUGUGUGGAUUUACGACCCGGUCCACUUCAAGACCUUUGCUAUGGGGCUCAUCCUCGUCAUCGCGGUGAUCGCGGCCACGCUCUUCCCCCUGUGGCCGGCUGAGAUGCGCGUGGGCGUGUACUACCUGAGCGUGGCGGCGGGCUGCUUCGUGGCUAGCAUCCUGCUGCUGGCCGUCGCUCGCUGUAUCCUCUUCCUGCUCAUCUGGCUGGUGACGGGCGGCCGCCACCACUUCUGGUUCCUGCCCAACCUGACCGCCGAUGUGGGCUUCAUCGACUCCUUCCGGCCGCUCUACACACACGAGUACAAGGGCCCCCGCUCCAAGAAGGCCUCCGACAAGACGGACGCAGAUGGGGACGCAGACGGGGACGGAGACGGGGACGGCGAUGGGGACGGAGACGCCGACGCCGACGCCGAUGCGGACGCCGCAGUCGCAGACGCCAGCGCCCCGGUGACCUCCACCACCGCCACCAGCAGCAGCACCUCCAGCCCCGCCCCCGCCAAGACACACAAGUCAGACAGCGACGAGAAGGACGGCGAGGAGGAGGAGGAAGAGGAGGAGGAGGAAGAAGAGGAGGAGGAGGAGGAGGAUGAGAUGGUGAAGCCAGAGUGUCCGGAAGAGUCGGGGGAGGGGGAGGAAGAUGAUCCCGAGAACAAGGAGGCAGGCGUAUCAGGAGCGGCGGGAGCGGCGGGAGCGGCGGGAGCGGCGGGAGCGGCGGGAGCGGGAGCGGCGGCGGCGGAGCGCCACUCGGACACGGAGAGCGAGAGGCGCGAGGAGGACGGCUCGCAGCACAGCAACGGGAACGACUUUGAGAUGAUCACCAGGGAGGAGCUGGAGCAGCACACGGAGGAGGAGGAGGAGGAGGACGAAAAGGAGCAGGAGGAGGAGGAGAAGAAGAAAGAGGCAGAGGAGCGAGGAGGCGCGGAGACGAAGCCUCCCGGCUGUUAAAACUAUAAACUCUAUUCUCUUCAUCACCAGUCCUCUCUCUCUUUACCUCUCUGUGUGACUCUGUCUCUGUCCCUUCCUUCGGGGCGGUAUCCCCAGGACCGUCCUGCCCCCCCCCCCUGCUGAACACAUCCGGUCUCUCCGUAUCUCUUUCUGUCUCUCUGUACCUUCUAAGACCACCUUCUUCCACUAGACAUGCAACCAUACAGACCAGGUGUGAGCGAGGUUGGUGUUGGGGGGCGAGGACCACAACGGUGUUAAGGUGGAGCGACGAUGACAAUGGGGGGGGGGGGGGGGGGUGAAAGAUGAAAGAAAACGAGUCGAAUAAGGCCCACACAACGGGAGCCUCUUGGUAGAAACCCAAAUCUUCACCGUCUUCUGCCUCUGGAAGGGAGGAGGGGGGGGGAAACUGCCAUGAUUUUUGUUGCCUGAGGAAUGAACCUGUCUCCCUGAUCACUUCCCCUCCCCCUCCCCCGCCCACCGCCCAAAGGCCACUUCCUGCCUCCUACAUCACUUUAAACGGUUAAUGUUCCCGCCUCACUUUGAUUGGCGUUGCCUUGAGCGGCGUGCCCUCUGUGUGUUUGAACCAUGUCGUCCGGUUCCUUAUCUACGGAGACGCGCUGCCUGCUCCCUGCUCCCUCCUUCCUGUCGGUCAGUCCCAGUGUUCCUCAGGCAACACUUGAGCCGAGAGCGGACCAAUAGAAACGUCUGUUUAAACUAAUCUGAACCGGACCAAAUCAGCCUGCUUUCCUCUCCACCCGAUCUCCUGCCCAAUACCGGGACCCGAUCGCCCACCCACGUACCAGGACCUGAACCGCUUCCCUACCCCGUACCGGGACUAGGUCCCAACCCCCCCCACCCCUAUACCAGGACCCGAUCCCCCAACCGAGUGGGGGAGGCCCUUUGUCUCUCUGAAGGUGCUGAGAUGAAUGAGGGGACGCAGCGGGCCCUCUCUGUAAGGGACUCAGUCCAACAUGGCGUCCACCUUUUGAUGCAGCUCCAUCCCUUUUUUUUUUUUUGGAAACUGCAGAUUAGACGCGAUUUCCUUUGAUUUCUGUUGUCAGUUAAUUGUUGUCCUACAUAAUUGUCAAUAUUCCGAUUUACAACAGGGGGGAAAAUACAAGAAUUAUGCCGUCAAAAUCUAGUGCCAAAUGAACAUAGUACACCUUGGUAUAAUGUUACUAUGCAUGUUAAGCUCAAAGGAUGCAUUUCGGAAAAACUUUUUCGUUGGGUAACACUUAAAAAAUGCCACAUCCUAAACCUUUUUGUUUUUCUUUUUAAGCCCAGCAAAGGGUCCUAAUAUAUUCAGUUUGAUCUGAAAGACACAAGUCAAACGUGUCUGGACUGAUUUCAUGAGUUAUCCCACGCCAACCGAUCCAUGAGUCCAGUGUUCUCUUUCUAGCUCAGGUGUGGAGAGGGGCGGGGCCUGAGGAGGCGUGGCUUUCUCUUCAGCCCCUCCCCCUGGCUGUAGUCUCCACUUGCCACCUACCACCUGAAAUGACCAGGUCAUCCAUUUGAGAACCAAUGAGGCGCCCAGUGGUGUUUAGGAGGCGGGGCUACACCUGUGGAUCCAGGGUCUGCCACCACUUCCUGUGCUGACGCCAUCUUCUGGCGAGGAUUGCUGCAUUUGUUUUAGUUUUUACUCACAGCGAGGAUAAUAUUUAAUUAUAUAUAUAUAUAUAUAAAAGAAUUGUAUCAUUUAUAAAUGGAUUUUAUUGAUAUCAUAUAUAUAUAUAUAUAUAUAUAUAUAUAUACACACCUGCAUUCAGUCCGAGACAUGGUGAAACAGCUUGUUCAUUUUGAACAGUAAUAUCGUCAGUAACAGGAAUUGGUUUGGUUUAGUUUACUUGCUUCUGAUGUUUGAGUUCCUCCCCAGUAGCAAGCUAAUUGGCCAAUGAUGGGAUCCUCACGAGGGGCUUAAUUGUCGAUUUGUCGUCACUGUUAUUCUGAUGCUGUAACGUUGGAUGUCACUAAACAUUAAUGUCAGUGGUAUCAGAGUCGUCGCGUCGUUCGAUACUGUACAGCAAUGCUACGCGUGCCUCCCUCGCAGAACUAGUGAAUCAUUAAUGGGCAGAUUGGGCAACCAGUCGCUCACAUUAUGUUGACCAACAUCUGCAGCUCCCCCCCAUGACAAUAUUGCAUAACGUGGCGAGUGCUUAUGAAAAAUGUGCGCGUGCGUGUCUAGACUCUUUUAGCGUAGAAACUCCAGACUUGUGAUCAUUUGAAUGUCCAGAAGUGAAAUCAACCCCCUUACUUGCUUGACUUGUCAUUAUUUUCUUUGUUUCCUCCCUCACUUUGAACGAACAUUGGAACACUCUGUAGGACCUCCACAGCCUCAAUUUCUCUCAAAACGCUCGGGAACCUCUUUUUUCAAGCCACUCCGCUCUUCACUUAUUCUUAUAUCUUUGUUUGUUUGUUUUUUUUCGUUCUCGUUUUAGUUUUCAUGUCUCUCUUCUUUCUGUGUCGCGGUCUUCUGGAAGAACCGUGCCAGUAGUAGCAGCACUCUGAUGGUGUCGGAGCGUUCCAUAGACACACAAGCUAAUCUGUCCCUGAGUGUCGGUCUGUUGUGUGUUGUAUUACUCUAUUCUGCUGCUGCUGCUGCUGCUUCGCAUCGUGUCGCUUUCUGAACAUGUACAGACCCUUCCUGUUGGAUCUCUGGUCGGGAAAACAACAGUUUCUCACCCACUUAGUGGUUUUGGAUCGACGUCAUUUCCCACCCAAGACUGUCUCAUGCAAUAUUAUGAGUAAUUUAAUUGGAUGUCUUGAAAUAUAUCUAUAUCUUAUCAUUGCAAUAAAAAUCUAGAAAGCA